AUGCAGAGCGACAAUGGCAUUCCCAGACUGAGCAAAAUCGGCUCGACAUGGCAGCUGCUUGUCGACGAGAAGCCGUACCUUAUACUCGGUGGACAGGUCCAGAAUUCGUCCUUUAACUCGGCAGAGUACAUGAAGCCAAUAUGGGGCAAGCUCACCAAGAUGGGAAUCAAUACUGUUAUUGGGCCUGUGGCAUGGGAGGACAUCGAACCAGAGGAAGGAUCUUUCCAGUUCUCAGACCUUGAUGCCAUCAUGGCAGAUGCAAGAUCGCACGGCUUGCGUUUGAUAUUGCUGUGGUUUGGGUCAUUCAAGAACGGUAUGUCGACUUAUGUACCGUCUUGGGUGAAGAAGGACGCCUCUAGAUUCCCACGGGUGCAAAUUGAAUCUGCCCAGAACGUGCUCAGAACAGUUGAAGUCAUCUCAGUUUUUCACCAGCAAUGCGUAGAAGCAGACGGCAAAGCCUUUGCUGCUUUAAUGCGGCAUCUGAAAGAGAGCGAUCUGCAAAGGACCGUCAUCAUGGUGCAAGUGGAGAAUGAAUGUGGAAUUAUUGGCGACUCGCGCGAUCGGAGUUAUCUCGCGGAAGCUGCAUUCCAGGCUCCUGUUCCUCCGCAAUUGAUUGACUUCCUCGUCCAAAAUUGGAGUACACUUCACGCAGACUUUACGCGAAGCUUCCCAGCCUUCUGUCUAGAGAGAAUGUCAAGGCCUGCAAACGAUUGGAAGGGGUGCUUCGGGCAAAGUGCCCGAACUGACGAAUUAUUCAUGGCGCAUCAUUACGCUCUAUAUAUUGAGAAAAUCGCAGCGGUCGGGAAGGAGCAGUACCCGUUGCCGCAUUACAUCAACGCAUGGCUGCCCAAGCCAGACGACACACCCAAAACCGAGGGCCUUGCCGCGGGAGGACACAAACCGGGAGUCUACCCUUCCGGAGGAGCCACAAACAACAUGCUCGAUAUAUGGGAACAAUUUGCCCCAUCAGUGGACUUCAUCGCUCCAGAUAUAUAUACCGCCGACUACACCGAGACUUGCAUGGUUUACGGCAGUCGAAAGUACCCCUUCUUCGUUCCUGAACAGCGCAGAGACAGUUUCGGAGCGCGACGAAUCACUAAGGCAAUCGGCUCCUUUCGUGCCAUAGGGGUCGCUCCCUUUGGGGUUGACACUAUCAAGGUGGAAGACUGCGCAUUUUCGAAGCUCUAUAGGCUCUUAGGAUCAGUAUCGAACGCCAUUCUUGCGGCGCAAACCCGUCCUAACGCCAUAUUUGGCUUCUUCUUCGACCAGUAUUCUCCUCCCGCGGACAAAUCACACCCUCGUAUUACGAAGCAAUUUGCUGCGUAUGAACUUGUGAUCAGCAGGGCUUUCGUACUCGGCCAGCCGGGCACGGGCUCUGGAAUCAUAAUCGAGCUUGACCCAAGCCGAUUUCUGAUCGUGGGCAUGGGCUUCAAGGUCGAGUUUAAGUCACUGUCGGCCGCGUCGCGAUUCACGGGCAUCCUCACGUGUAUGGAAAAGAGGGUAAUCGAUGCAGAAAGGGGCGUGUUGGAAAGUGUACGAAAGCUGAAUGGAGACGAGACCAAAGGAGGAACUUGGUGCAAUAUGCCAAACGAAGUUCCAGACUAUGGGGACCAGUUCAUCCCCAUGUGCAUCCCUGCUGGCACUAUGAUCACGGAAGUUGAGGUAUAUUCACUUGGCUAG